AUCUCAUUGCCUUGAACACACUUUGAUCACAUGGUUGAGAUCAGAGAAGUUAGAUUAUGGGAGCGCGAACCCCCACCUCGACUACAAACGCUGAAGGGUGGGGAGUUUAGGCUCACACAUGUUCUGCAUGAGCUCGCACUCAGUGAUAUCAGCUGAGCGACCAUUGUAACGCCCAGCAUUGCAUACAGCAAUGCAUUUCUGAAUGAAAUCAUCGUUCCACUUGGAUCAAUGAGCAAUGUGAAAAUGGGAAGAAGAUAGAGUGGCAUGUGGCUGCCCUCUAACAUCACUGGAAUGAGGAGGAGGCAAAGGAUGGUGUGGAGUUCAUGGUCUGAAAGCUCAUGAAUUGCUGCUGCGAGCGCCGCUGUUUAUAUGAUCUACGAGGCAACGAGGAGAGACUGAAACCACUGUAAUAUGACACUACUAGAGAGAACAGGAAUCUCGAAAAAUCGUGCACAGCUGUAGAUCUACCUAUAGCUAUGCUUGUCCGGUACACUGAGCCAAGAAAGCACGCAAUCCCAUUCAUCCACCAAGCCCGGGGCUAAUAUUUCGGUGGAAGUGGAUCGCUUCCCAGGAGUCAAGCAGGUUGAAUGCGAUAUCACCAGGUACUCAAGGACUCCUUCGGCUCAGCAGAAGUACUACAUGAAAGUCUUUGUUAGGUACUUGAAGUUGCCAUCGCAGACCAAAUUCAAGUUCGACAAGGGCGUGUUGUAUUUCGCCGUGGCUCCCGACUUCAGUUGGAACAGUUCUGGGCUUGUCUGGAGUAUGUUCAUAAGUUCGGAGUCUGAAAACGCUCUAUUGGCGGAAGCCGUCUUCCAUUCGAAUGGACUGAGGUAUGGGAGCUAUUGCAUUCUAAAUCUUUGCGGAGAUAAUCUUGUUUUAAAUGGCCGGGCGAUAGCUAUACUCCUUGGACAAGUGUUUCAGAUGCUCUUCGCCCUGUCAAAUUAUACACUUAAGAGAUAGCUCGCAUAGACUGUGUAUGAGCUAGUCCUGGAACCUUCUUGUAGCCCUGAAAUUCAUCUAUGGAGAAGUAACAAGAUAGGCAAGUCCAAUUUCUUGAGCUGAUUUUCGAGACUAACUUCGAGUUUUAUGGUAAAUGGUGA